AUGCCCGCUGAACCAAAGACGAUUCCAAUCCCCAACACCUACGCCAACCCCCCAGAUAGCCAAGUCCAAAUCUCCAACUAUCCAGACUCCACACCAGGCGUCACACCCAUCCAAAUCGUCAAGCUCAACCGUCCCGAGAAGCUUAACGCCAUCACGGGCGCCAUGAUAUACUCGCUGAUCGACUUCUUCUCAACGGUCUCCGUAGACGACCGUGUCAAAGUCGUCGUCUUCACCGGUGCAGGCAAGGCAUUCAGCGCCGGCAUCGACCUCACUGGCGACUUCAGCCAGGACAAGAACAAGCUCCCUCCGAGCCAGAUGCGCGAUCCGGGUGGUACACUGGCGCUAGCGAUGUUCAAUUGCACCAAGCCGAUUAUCGUCGCGUAUAAUGGGCUUGCGGUUGGUAUUGGAAUGACCUCGACUCUGGCGGCUGCUAUUCGCCUCGCUCCAAGAAAUUCCGAAUUCGGCUUCCCCUUCUCCAGGAUCGGUCUAACGAUGGAAUCAGCCAGCUCAUUCUUCCUUCCCCGGAUGGUCGGAUACAGCAACGCGACGUACCUCCUGGCCACGGGAAAGCGAUACCCAGCACACUCCUCCGUGCUUCAUGGAGUGUUUGCCGAACUCCUGCCAGAACCGACAGACGUCCUCUCCCGUGCUGUGGAACUUGCACAGGAUAUCCUGUCAAAUGUGAGCACAAUGGCUGUGCAUCUCAACAGGCAGCUUAUCUGGCGCAAUGCGGGCUCUGCGGAGGGUGCGCAUUUGGUUGAUAGUCCGUUGCUGUAUGAUAUGUUUGGGAGCCGUGACCAUUUGGAAUUUAAGAAGUCGUUCUUCGAGAAGCGGCAGGUGAAGUUUACGGAUGUGUUGUCUGGGGACGCACCCAGAACGUAUCCCUGGUGGACUGAGCUGUCGGUGGAAACGAAGCCGAAGACACAGGGGGCUGAUAGUAAAUUGUGA